AUGUCAGCAUACAAACAAGCCGGUAUUUCCUUGAACAAGGCCAUGUCCAUUGCCGCCAGAACCGUUAGAGCCGCCUUAAAGCCUGAACUCAAGGCUGGUGCCGAAAGAAGAGGUUUCACUGAAGCCAAGGUCAUCAAGAUCGAAAAGGGUGUACAGGGCGAGGCCAAACUUUUAAACUAA